CUGAAGUUAGAUUUUGAGAUAACACUGACCUCGGCUUGGGUAAGAUACGAAAGUGUAGAGAAAAGAAUGAGCUAAAGUGCAAAAGAGUGAGAAAGGCCCGCGCACCUUGCUUAUGGUCGUAGUGUUCUUAGUAACACUUGGGGGGGGAAAGGUAGAUGACUAUUCGUUGUACAACAUAAACAACAAACCAAGAUGAUGGAGAGAUGUAGAUCAGGAUGCAGAGAUUGCAGUAACCUAUGACUCAUGAAAAACUACAACCAAUACUGGUCACACCCAAAACCUUAUUCCAUUUUCUGCAGACUGUAGUCCCCCCCAUGAGAUGUCAGUAGCGAUGGCACCUAAAUUUUCUUCAAUGUCUGGACCUUGCAGACUUUGCUUUAAGGCUGCCAAGUGGUUGCCAGUCUUAUUUAUUGUAACAGCUGUGGUAUGGUCAUACUAUGCCUAUGUCAUCCAGCUGAAUUUAUUCUCCAUUGACAGCAUCAUUGAAAAAAGCUUUUACUUAUUUGUUUACCACAUUCUGCUGUUCCUCUUCCUGUGGGCAUAUUGGCAGACAAUUUUCACAGAAAUCGGCAGAGUGCCGAAACAGUUCCGACUACCGCCUUCUGAACUAGAGAGGUAUGAGGCUGCAGAAAGUGAUGAAGUUAGACGUGACAUAUUGGAGAGAUUUACUGAAAAGAACAAUCUCCCAGUAUACAAUCGUACUAUGACAGGAGAUAUACGUUAUUGUGAGAAAUGUGUCCAGAUCAAACCAGACAGAAGUCACCACUGUUCAGUGUGUGGGGAAUGUGUACUGAAGCUAGACCAUCAUUGCCCUUGGGUCAAUAAUUGUGUUGCCUUCACAAACUACAAAUUCUUUGUCUUAUUUUUGGGCUAUGCUCUUAUUUAUUGCCUCUUCAUUGCUGCAACCACUUUGCAAUAUUUCAUCAAAUCCUGGAAGAAUCAGUUGGGAGGAGUGUCGGGAUCAUUCCACAUACUGUUUGUCUUUUUUGUGUCCAUCAUGUUUGCAAUCAGUCUGGUAUCCUUGUUUGGGUAUCACAUCUUCCUUGUUUCCAAGAACAGGUCCACUCUGGGUAAGAGAUACUGAUUUUGUUAUACCUUA